AUGAAUAAUAAUAAUUACAAGACAACAUCAUCUUCAUCUUCAUCUUCAUCACCUCAACAGGCAUCAAAUACCAAACAUUUAAGCUCAAAUCCUUCUUCUACUACUUCAACAACAACUCCUUCUUUGUCCAAUAAUUUAGCAAAUAAUAAUGAACAUGAUAAUAAUAAAAAUCUUGAUGGUGCUAAUUACAAAUUAUCUGAAGAUCGUGCUUCGUCAAUUGGCUGGUAUUUUAUCAAAUCUUAUUAUGACUUUUUCGUCACUAAGUUGGAUGAAAUUUACAAAAUUUAUCAUCCUAAAGCUUCAAUAAUUCAUGAUUUAUUUCCAGAAGAUGUUAAAUUCAAUAACGAAAUUGAUGGUACUAUUGAUCAAAACGGAAAGGGACCUGAAGAAAUUCCUCUGGUUUAUAAAGCCAAUGGUAUUGAAGCAGUUAAGAAAUUUUUCAAAAAAUACAAUGCUCUGUCAUCAACAAAUAAUAGAAUUGUUAUUACAAGUGCUUGUUUUCAAGUUUCAAUGGAUAAAAAUAUUUUAAUCGUUACAUUUGGUGAAUGGUCUAAAAACAAUUCUCCAUUUAAGCGAUUUUGUCAAACUUUUGUUUUAGUUCCUGGUAAGAAAGAAAAUACGUAUGAUGUGUCUAAUGAUAUUUUAAGAUUCAUUGAAUCUAAUGGUUUCAAAGAUAUUUCAGAGGAAAGUCCAGCUAUGGUUCAAAGUUCUAAGUCUCAAGUAAUCGAUUCCGUAGAUUCAGUCAGUAAAGAAUCUUCAGAUAGCACCUUAAAUUUGCCACAAGCAGAUGCAGUUGAAGAAUCUGAUAAUAUAAAAGAAUCGCUUGCUCAACCAAAUAACGUUCCUCCACAAUCUAUCUUAAACGAAAGUAAUGAAAAUUUUGAUGAAUUACAAAAAGGUGAAUCAGAAUUGGAAAGCAAUGAAAAAGAGCCCCUUCAUAAUGAGAUAAAAAGCGGAGAUACUGAAGAAAUUGGUAAUGUUGCUGAAGAAAGUGCCUCCGAGAGAAAACAAGUAGAAAAUUUAGAGAAGACUGAAAAUGAUAAAGAAGAUGCUAAGAAAAAUUCUACUUCCAAACCCAAUCAACAAUUGACUUGGGCUGAUUUAGCUUACCAAGCUGUUCCAGUCUCUACUCCAAAAUCGAAUGUUGCAAAAGCUACAUCAACGACGGCAACAACUACAACAGCAUCAUCAUCAUCAUCAACAACUGCAAAAUCAACUGGUGGUAAUGCAAAAAAGUCUGCCCCUCAAUCAUCUUCUACUUCCAGUGCAGCAACAAAUGGAAAAUUUAGAAAAGAAGAUUGGUUUCCAAUUUAUAUUAGAGGUAUACGUCAAUUAGAUGAAAAAACACUAAAGCAACACUUAUCUAAAACUUUUGGUGAUUUGAAAUUUUUUAAAGUAAAUCAAAAUAUAGCCUUGUGUGAUUUUGUAGAUCAACAAGCUCAAAAGAAAGCUUUAACAGCAAAAGAAACCACUUUAGAUGGAAUUACUUUUAACUUGGAGCCAAGAGAAUCGAAAACGGGUAACAAUUAUCAUAAUAGUAAUGUCAAGAAAUUCAAUAAAGAUAAAGAAUCAUCUACAAAAGAUGUCAUUUCAAAUAAAGACAAAUUUGAAAAGGUUGAAAAUAAAAGAAAUGCAAAUACGCAUGGAAAUAAUACUUUUAAUAGUAAAAAACUGCAUGGAUCUAAUAGAAAAAUCGUCAAACCAAACAACAAAUGA